AUGGUCCAAGGAAUGGCCAUGAAGAAGUUUGUGACCGACCCAGCGUUGUGUCGGGAUAUGUUCUUUGGUGGUCCCAAUGACGACAAUGAAGAGUAUGAAGACACUAUUACGGAUGUUACCAAUGUUGCUGGAUAUGAUGAAGAAGCUGAAGCUGAAGCAAAUCCAGAUGCUGAACCCAAUGCGGAUGCAGAUGCCAACACUGCUGACACCGCCAACGAUGAUGAUUAUGGCGAAGAAGCUGAAGCUAGUCCGGAUACCGAAGCUGAAGCUAAUGGGGAUGCGGAUGCCAACACUGCUGACACCGCUACAGCUGCUACUGCAACAUCUUCUGUUACACAAAUACCUAGAAUGGCCAAGCUUUCCGACUCGGAUAUUCAAAAGUAUCAAGAGUUUUUUGCCAGAGAUACCAAGGUGUCAACAGAUACGAAGAAUUUGCCAUGGCCAUCCAUGAAGAUGGAUCGGUUGGGAAGAGCAUCAUAUGUCAACGAGUUGCCUCCUUGUCUAGUUGUUGGAGGUACGCAAGAUUUCAUGGUCGAUGAGAAGGGAUGCAUCGAGACGGCCAACUAUUUUGGGCUCAUGCAAGAGAACGGGGAAGAAGCCACACGUGAAAUAACUAUUGAAGAGAAGAGGCAACAGACCAAACGGAUGGGUCUUCUCAUGGUGGAUGCACCACAUGAUCUCAUGCUUGUUCCUCAGUGGAAGGACAUUGCGGACGAGUUACAAGCAUGGAUUCAAAGCGUAGCCUAA